UCCGGCGAGUCCAAAUGGCCGCGGCCGUUGAAGACUCACGUGUGAGCACCGGGAAAAAGCUUAAGCGUUCCCUGAAGAAAAAGAAAAAGAUUAAAAUGAUAGCCAAGGCCGCGGUGUCGAAGCUGGAAGAUGAGCUCAAAGAUUCUUCAGACGGAGAAGGAAGCUUUGAAUCAGACAUGCACCAGUCAGAUGAUGGAGCUGUAGAAGCCGACAGUGAGGACAAUGUUGAAUCCUGUGAGGAAGAAAAUGAAGACGCUGCGGAACCAAGUGCUGGAACUAAUUCAGGCUGGGCAGAUGCCAUGGCCAAAAUCCUUAGCAAAAAGACGCCUAAAAGUAAACCCACCAUCCUCACCAAGAACAAAGAGCUCGAGAGGGAGAAGGAGAAGCUAAAGCAGGAGAGGGCGGAGAAGAGGAAGCAGCUCGAUAAGAAGCGGGAGUGGGAAAUGAUGUGCAGAGUGAAGCCAGAUGUUGUCAAAGACAAAGAGGCAGAGAGGAACCUUCAAAGGAUUGCGACGAGGGGUGUGGUGCAGCUAUUCAAUGCUGUUCAGAAACACCGAAAGAAUGUUGGCGAAAAAGUUAAGGAAGCAGGGGGCUCCAUCAGGAAGCAAGCUAAGCUGAUGUCAACCGUUUCCAAGAAGGAUUUCAUCAGCGUUCUUCGGGGAGUGGAUGGUACGAGUGAGAACAGCCCUGCUGGGAAGACCCUCAAAGCCAGACAGACUGAAGUGAAAUCAGAAGAGGGCCCAGGGUGGAAGAUCCUGCGAGAUGAUUUCAUGAUGGGAGCCAGGAUGAAGGACUGGGACAAGGACAGUGAUGAGCCUGCUGGUGGCAGGGCAGGGUCGGCCAGUGACUGAGCAG